AUGACAUUCAUAUCAAUAGAUAAUAUUCUAAACAUAUUAGCUUCAAAUGCUAAGUUUAUUAUGCUAAUAGAAUGUAUAAUUGCAUUCCUUGCUAGAAAGACUAGUCUAAUACCAUUGUAUAUAUUCCUCAUUACUAUUAAGAUUAUUAUACUUGGACAUUUCUGUGCUAAUUAUAACUUGCCAUUAAAAGAUUGGAAUCAUAUAAAUAAUAAAGAUAUUGCAUUAAUAACGGGUGGAUCAAAUGGAUUGGGUUUAGAAAUAGUAAAAGCAUUACUUAUGAAAAGGGUGACCGUUUAUGUAUUUGAUGUUACUCCGCCCUCAUUGGUUAAAGAAGAUGAGAAGUUAAUUUAUAUCAAAUGUGAUAUUGGAAAUGAAGAUGAAUUACAAUAUCAAACACAACGAAUAAUUCAAGAUUUAAAUAGCACCCAUAGACAUAUUUCAAUCUUGAUUAAUAAUGCAGGAAUAAGAGAUAACAAAUCAUUAUUAAACCUAAAAGAAUCAAGAAUUAAAUCGAUGUUUAAUGUGAAUAUAAUGUCACAAAUAUGGAUCCUUAGAAAUGUGGUUAAUAAUCAUCUUGAAUAUGUUCAAUUGCAAGACCCUACAGCAAGAUUAUUCGUUGUGACAGUUUCGUCAAUAUUGGGGACAUUAGCUCCAAAGAAUUUAUCAGUAUAUGCAGCAACUAAAGCAGCUUCAAUACUGUUACAUGAAGCAUUUGUACAAGAAUUAAAAGAAUACCAAAACACGAUUAGAUUAUUAUUGGUAACUACAGGACAAUUAGAUACUGGGAUGUUUAAAGAUGUUAUACCUUCAAAAGAAUUUUUUGCACCAAUUGUUAAUCAUAUUAAAUUAGCAAAUCAAAUUGUUGAAUAUAUUGAUAUUGGAUAUAGUGGAACUUUAUGUCAACCAUUUUACGCCAAUUUCUUACCAAUGGUUAGAACUUUCCCUACAAAUUUACAAGAAUUUUGUAGAAGGAUAUCUGAAAUGGAUGAAAAGAUUAAAGAUAGUUGA